GUAUUGCCCACAUGUCCAAGGUGUUGUAGCCUAUUACGCGUCUGUGCGGUUGAGACGGCAGAUCCACGGCAAUCCCGACACAUGCUGAACACCGAUAAAAACAGUAGUAUUCAAUAACAAGGGAAUUUAGUAAUUUACCACUUUCGUCGGCGAACAACCGAUAAACUCUCUUGGAACAUGGCAAAACCUCAGUCAGUCAAACACUACAAAGUUUGACUUACUUUCCGCUCUGCAAACACACAAAUCAAUGUACCCUACCUCUCAGAAUCCUGUGGCUGGAAACAAGACAUCCCAUAACGAUUCAACGCCACGCUGAUAGACUGUACGGUCUGCUGUUUAGGUGAGGAGGGGCAGUGUGGCUCUUGCUCUUGACAACAGUGGAGUGAACACAAUGGAACAUGGCUCUUCUUGAUAUUUGGCCAAAAAGGGCGGUGAUCCAAGCGCUUUGUGUUCCGAUCGUAUUUCAUGUUCCCUCUUCCCAGACAGAGCACUCACUCUUCGCUGACUGCACCCUUCAGUCUCUCGUUCAAAUAGUGCUCAAUGUGUUCCGUUUUCCAAUUAUCAA